CUGUUUGAGCAUUUCAAGAGAGUGCGGAAAGUUAAUCACGACCAGCGCCUGUGCCCUGAUGCUGCGCUCAGUACUUUUCAGCUUGUUGGCGCCAGCGGCCGUUGCCCAGUGCUUGGGAAAUGGCACUCAUCCGUCGCUGCGCAAAAACCUUGUGAAUCCCGAGACUGGCGAGUCCUAUCCUCUGCUACUGGGACAGGAAAUGACAGGAACGUUUGGAUCAGCGGAUUUCAGUGCAGUAUCCGCUUGAUGCUGGAGAGGUUUUCUUUUUUAAUUUUUAUUUGAAAUAUGGGUGCCGCUAGACCUUCUCGACGGGGGCAUGGAAAGCACGGAAAACAUGGAAAGCGAAACGGAUUGUAAGGCAACACUAUAGGCACCUUUUCUGAUCUUUUCUUAAGUCAAAAGUGGAGCAAGCUCAGUUGCCCGUGUUGGGAUCAACUAGGUUCUGAUCUACUCUUGACUUGCGAACACCAUCCACCUCACUUGACAUAUCCAUCAUGUCAUAUCCUGAUUUGGUGUUCCACAUUGAUUUGGUUACUGCAUGUUGCUGCCAUGGUUUCUACUGUCAACCAGCUGGGAGCAUUUAAGGGGCAUCACGGUUCCAGCAUGGGCUGCUUCCUACGCCACAAGCUACAUGGCUGGCAUCUUGAUCCAGGACCUGCUGGGCAUCAAUGUCACGUACAGCAUCGUCACCGGGCAGGUUGAAGCGUUUUUCUCGGUGGCGGGCUGCUUGACCCCGAACAAUUCUUCUGACCGGGGCUGUGGCCCUGAAGGGCCAAGUGUCACAUACCAACAUUUGCAGAUGGAAACAUGGUAUGGAAACUAUCCUGCGGUCUGGGCGCAAACUCAGACGUUCGCAACUCCGCCAAAACUCUUGGGCAGCAUGGGAUACGAAGGUACUGAAGAUAUGUACUUCAGUAGCAGGGAACUGAGUGCAGCCUACGAGACCGAAGGUCUGGCCUUGGACUAUUGGACUGGCUUUGAUGCUACAUGGAAGCAGCCAGGGCUUUACUUCGACCAGCCGAGUGCAGUGAACAGGUCUAUGUUGAAGCCUUGUGCCGACACCAACUUGUACAACGAUCUGAUGAUGUCAGCGUACCUGAGUGCCUCGGGCGACACUGAUGGAGUUGUGGUUCAACCCGAUGGAAAAGUGGUAGGAAAAUGCCCCGGUGAUGGCUACUUCUGGCUCUCUCCUUCAUGCCGCAGCGACCCCACGAAAUGCGUCCUGUAUAUCACUGGUGGAGGCGGCUAUGGUUUGAGCGGUGUGUUGCAGAGGGCAACGAGGUGGAAUAUUCCAUUAGCCUUCGGAGUUGGUGCGACUUGGGGUGAUUUCGUGAGUGUGGCCAACACGAAAAAGAGCAUGUUCUAUUGGUGGACCCCAGAUCCUACCUUCUUGGAGAUGUCUCCUGUGAUGACUAAAUUUCCAGCUCACGACAAGCAAGCGUGGGAACAAGGUGACAUUUCAACAGCAGCCCUUGGUGUGUUCAUUGGUAAGAUCGUGAGCCACGACUUGAGCGCUCUAGCCCCACGACUUGUUGGCUUUCUGGAUAACAUCCAGAUCGACAUGGACACGAUCAACGCGAUGAUGCUGGACCAGAAGACAUCAGGCGAAGAAUGGGAGCCUGUGAUGUGCCGCUGGCUGCAGAACAAUCCGCAGAUCUGGUCGAGCUGGAUGCCUGAUGACAGCACCUGUUUCCCAAAGUUCGGUAUGUUCGACGAGAUCACUGAGCAGUUUGUGUCCAAUCGAGACGACAAAGAGGGCCUCAGGCUGGACGAUUGUUUGUGAUCAAGUUUGGUUUGGCAUGGUUUAGUUCGACCUUCCACACCUUUCACAUCCUUGCGCCUUGACCCAGAUUAGGUCACAUGUCUCAGGAAAACAGUUUGCCUCUUGAUUGACUCCUUCCUUGGCGGAAAGCUUUACAGAUCAGACGUGGCCAAGCUGUUGUUGUACCAGCACCGUUUCGCAAUGUUUG